AUGCAGCCCACCCUGAACCCCGACUCGUCGAUGCUCGUCAAGGACUGGGUCGUCCUGAAUCGAUACGCACGAGUAGCAACAGCAGUGGGUGAGAAAGACCGGUUCAAGCCUGGAGACGUAGUGGCAGUCAAAUCCCCCUCCGACCCAAAGACCCUCCUCAUCAAGCGCCUCAUAGCCCUCCCCAAUACCCUCGUCCGCACUCUCCCACCCUACCCCGAAUCGACCGUGCGCGUUCCCGCGGGCCACUGCUGGAUUGAGGGGGACGAGCGGUUCCAUACGCGGGACUCGAAUACGUUUGGGCCUGUGCCGUUGGGGUUGGUGGAGAGUAAGGUCGAGUAUAUCGUGUGGCCGCCGAGCCGAUGGGGACGAGUACAAGCACGACCAGGGUGGGAGAAGCGGGUGGUAGAGCCUCGACGGAACUUCUUUGCUUGA